AACAAGAGGACGAGGAGGCGAACACAGGCUCACACCUGAAGCUGAUCGUGGACGCCUUCAUCCAGCAGCUGCCUAACUGUGUCAACAGAGACCUGAUAGACAAGGCUGCCAUGGACUUCUGCAUGAACAUGAACACCAAGUCCAACCGGAGGAAACUGGUCCGAGCCCUGUUCACCGUCCCCAGGCAGAGGUUGGACCUGCUGCCGUUCUACUCUCGCCUGGUGGCGACGCUGCACCCCUGCAUGUCGGACGUGGCCGAGGAUCUGUGCUCCAUGCUGAGGGGAGACUUCAGGUUUCAUAUCCGUAAGAAGGACCAGAUCAACAUCGAGACGAAGAAUAAAACGGUGCGUUUCAUCGGUGAGUUGGCCAAGUUCAAGAUGUUCUCCAAGACGGACACGCUGCACUGUCUGAAGAUGCUGCUGUCUGACUUCACCCAUCACCACAUCGAGAUGGCGUGCACGCUGCUGGAGACGUGCGGCCGCUUCCUGUUCCGCUCGCCGGACUCCCACCUGCGUACGAGCGUCCUGCUGGAGCAGAUGAUGCGUAAAAAGCAGGCGCAGCACCUUGACGCCCGCUACGUGACCAUGGUGGAGAACGCCUACUACUACUGCAACCCRCCGCCCAUGGAGAAGGCGGUGAAGAAGAAGAGGCCGCCGCUGCAGGAGUACAUCAGGAAGCUGCUCUACAAGGACCUGUCCAAGGUGACCACGGAGAAGGUGCUGAGGCAGAUGCGCAAGCUGCCGUGGCAGGAGCCGGAGGCGAAGAGCUACCUGAUCUGCUGCAUGAUCAACAUCUGGAACGUCAAGUACAACAGCAUCCACUGCAUGGCCAACCUGCUGGCCGGCCUGGUGGCCUACCAGGAGGACGUGGGCAUCCACGUGGUGGACGGAGUGCUGGAGGACAUCCGCCUGGGCAUGGAGGUCAAUCAGCCCAAGUUCAACCAGCGGCGGAUCAGCAGCGCCAAGUUCCUGGGCGAGCUCUACAACUACCGCAUGGUGGAGUCGGCCGUCAUCUUCCGCACCCUGUUCUCCUUCACCUCCUUCGGGGUGAACCAGGACGGCAGCCCCAGCCCCCUGGACCCCCCGGAGCACCUGUUCCGGAUCCGGCUGGUCUGCACCCUGCUGGACACCUGCGGCCAGUACUUCGACCGCGGCUCCAGCAAGAAGAAGCUCGACUGCUUCCUCGUGUACUUCCAGAGGUACAUCUGGUGGAAACGGAGCCUGGACAUUUGGACCAAGGACCACCCGUUCCCCAUCGACAUCGACCACAUGAUCAGAGACACGCUGGAGGUGCUCCGGCCCAAGAUGAGGCUCAGCUGCUCRCUGGACGAGGCCACCAAGCAGGUGUCGGACCUGGAGAGGGAGGUGCUCGUCAAGCUGGGCAUGGCCAUGGAGAACAACGGUCGCUCCAGCGCAAUGAGCGAAGGGGAGGCCCUCGACGAGGAGGACGACGACGACGAGGAAGAGGGAGGCGCCGAAACCGAGGAGCAGUCGGGCAACGAGAGCGAAAUGAACGAACAGGAAGAGGACGAAGCAUCGGAGAACGAAGAGGAGGACAGGGAGGAAGAGGAGGAGGAGAACACGGACUACCUGACUGACUCCAAUAAAGAAAACGAGACGGAUGAGGAGAACAACGAGGUCACCAUCCGUGGCGGUGGACUGAAGCAUGUGGAAUGUCCUGAGGACGAAGACUUCAUCCAGGCUCUGGAUAAGAUGAUGCUGGAGAACCUGCAGCAGCGGAGCGGCGAGGCAGUGAAGGUGCACCAGCUGGACGUGGCCAUYCCCCUGCAGCUCAAGAGUCAGCUGAAGAAGGGCGGGUCCGGACAGCAGUGCGCAGUGGAGGGGGACUCUGACAACUCCAACACCAUGCAGUUCGUCAUGCUGACACGCAAAGGCAACAAGCAGCAGUAUAAGAUCCUGAACGUCCCCCUGUCGUCCCACCUGGCAGCGAAUCACUUCAACCAGCAGCAGGCGGAGCAGGAGGAGCGCAUGAGGAUGAAGAAACUGACCCUGGACAUCAACGAGAGGCAGGAGCAGGAGGACUACCAGGAGAUGAUGCAGUCGUUGGCGCAGCGUCCGGCUCCGGCCAACACCAACCGCGAGCGCCGGCCUCGCUACCAGCACCCGAAGGGCGCGCCCAACGCCGACCUGAUCUUCAAGACCGGAGGAAGGAGACGCUGAUGGGAGUCUGGGCCCGGGUUGAGCGAGCGAGCAUGACGGAGAAUGGAUGAGCAAAAAAGAGAGAGAGCGGGGAAAAAAAUCAAAAUGAGGAGAUCGGAGGGGAAACCGGUCACAGCCGGGAAGGAGUCCCCCCGCCUCCGCCGAGGUCGGCACAGACCGAAGCCCUGACCUGAAUACAGACUGUCACCCCACCGAGGAGGAGGAGGACCCACGAGCUGGGGUCAGAGGUCAGGGCUCUUUCUUCUUUUGUCUGUUGCUAGAGAUGACAACAAAAAACAUCACCACUGUCUGGACCAGAAAACGGACUUCACACUCCGGAGCGGCGGGCGGAUGGAUGGCCGGAGACGAGGGUCCCACCGUCGCAGCAGGUGGAGAACAAACAGGAGUCACACCUGGAUCUUUUUCUGUUUUUGUUUUUUCUGACUCUCACAUGGGAACAUCUGACCUGUCUGACUCGAAACCAUUCGGAGGAAGAAACGAGGCUUUUAAAGUUCACCUGAAGUCCAUCAGGUUCAACGUUUGCUUACUGAGGAUUAAAAAAAUAUUCAAAAUAUG